UUCGAGAAACUACUCGGCGGUGUAUGGAUUGGAGAUCUUGUUCGUCGGUCUCUGUUAUCAUUAGCUGAAAACCAUGUAUUUCUUGGGGGAGUCAUAAGGAAUGAAUUGAAAGAAAAAGACUCUAUUAAAGGCCCAGACGUGUCAUUAAUAGAGAGCGACAAAACUGAUGGUUCAGUCAUAGCAUUGUUGCAGAGAUUGGGAUAUUCUUCACAACAGAUAACCAAAGAUGACAUUGAGAUCGUUAGAUAUGUCUGCGCUCUGAUCGGUGUCCGUAACGCACAAUUGGGAUAUUCUUCACAACAGAUAACCAAAGAUGACAUUGAGAUCGUUAGAUAUGUCUGCGCUCUGAUCGGUGUCCGUAACGCACAGUUAGCCGCCGCCAAUCUCUCAGCGGUUGUCCAACGCAUUGAUAAACCAAUGGUUAGAAUAGCGAUUGACGGCUCGCUAUAUAAAAAACACCCUAAACUUCAUAAAUUGAUGACUGAUUUCAUCGGCGAAUUGAUUCCCAACAGAAAGUUUGAGUUAUUCUUAGCCGAAGACGGAAGCGGUAAGGGAUCCGCGUUUAUCGCAGCCGUCGCCGCAAAACAUCGUCAAAAGUCU